GGAGUCUAGUCUCUGCUCUCUUCAACAUGAGGACAGCACAGUACAUUGCCCUCUUCAUGUUCCUGACUCUGCUCUGCCCAAUCCAGGUGCAGACCGCUCCCGUGCCUGAGGAUUGGACAGGCCUGAUCACCCGAGCCAAGCGCUCUCUCCUUUGGCGAUGGAAUACUCUGAAGCCUGUUGGCGCAAGCUGCAGAGAGCACGACGAGUGUGGGACCAAAUACUGCAGGAAAAAGAUCUGUUCUUUCCAGGUUUUUACAUCUUGAACUGAAAUGUGAGCUCURCUAUAACUCUGGACACAGCCAGAACAACAAUCAAUGGAAAAGCAACAAUCAAUGGAGCCUGUCAAUGGAAUGCCUAACUGUUCCAAGUGAUGUCACAGGACUUCAUUUGGCUCACCAAAUAUUUGGUAAAAACAGCUAACCAACUAAUUUGAACAGCUCAAAACUUCAGAACUGAUAAAAAAAAUGUGCCAGGUACAGUCUAACAGUAAGUAAGCUGUAAAUGUUGUAAAGUUAUGUGAACCCGGUAUCAGUAUGUACAAUCAGAUAAUAGCUUUCCCAUUGGAGAUACUUCAUUUAUCCAAUCAACAAAAUGUUUCAAAAACAAAAUACAGACAAUGCACUCAACCAA